AUGAAUUGUCUGUUGACCAAGAUUGCUAGUGAGCGUCCCAGCGCCCUAGCUAUUGAGGAUGGCACGCAUACCCUGACAUACAAUGACCUUUUGGAGCAAGCGGGCUCCCUGAUGCAAGCCAUCUCGAAGUAUCCCGUCGAGGCCGAAGAGCCCAUUGCCAUAAUCUUCGGCCCAAGCGCCGAGAUGGUUGUUGCCCAGGUGGCGCUUCUUCGUCUGAACCUGACAUGUGUGCCCUUGAACCCUGACCUUCCCAAGCUCCGUAUCCGGGAGAUGCUUGGUGACAUCAAAGUUCGAUACGCCAUCACCCCCGGUGGAUUCGAGGACCUGGGUCUUUCGAUGAUACCGAUGUCAUUGGAUAAACCUGCGAGCUACCAUCAAGACUCAUCGUCUCACCAGGCUCCGAUUGGAGAGGCAAGCCGAAGCCAUAUUCUUUACACGUCUGGAUCAACUGGCAAGCCCAAGGCAGUUCAGAUUUCGCCUACCUGCCUGGUUCAUCUUGCCACCGCGACUGCGCUCACGCCGCUCAAAGCAAAUGAUCGAGUCUCAAUGAUCAAUAACUCGGGAUUUGACUUGUCGCUUUUUGAAGUGUGGGCUACGCUUCUUUCGGGUGCCUGUAUUGUCGUUGUUCCCAGGGAGGUUGUGAUUGACCCUCUUGCGUUCCGGAACUUUAUUGCAGAACGCCGGUUAAGUGUUGUAUUUUUGACUACUUCGCUCUUCAAUGCAACAGCUUUAGCCUGCCCUACAGCUUUCAAAAACGCCCGGGAGGUCCUUUGUGCUGGUGAAGUUGCAAGCCCUCUAGCCAUGCGGACGAUUCUAGAGUCCGGAGGACCACCUGAACGUCUCUGGAACACGUAUGGCCCAACCGAGACGACGACCUAUUCGACACUUCAACUUGUAACUCCCGAUGAAGCUCAGGGUGAGAAGAUUGGCAUCGGUCGGCCCAGCGGCGACAGUGUCUUCUUGAUGGAUGAGAAUCUCACGCUGAUCACCACAGCCGAAACACCUGGAGAGAUUUUCAUCGGUGGUCCAGGAAUGUCAUCUGGCUACAUCGGAAGACCAGAAGAGACUGCGGCGCGUUUCCUCAAAUUUUCUGGUUCGAAGCUAGGAGUUGAAAACCAGAAUACGGUGACUUUAUACAAGACAGGAGAUUUGGGACAGUGGAGAGACCAACCUUCUGGUAUACUUGAUUUUGUGGGACGAGCCGACCGACAAGUCAAACAAGACGGGUUCCGUGUUGAGCUAGAGGAGAUCGAGCGGAAAUUGCUUUCGAGUGAAUGGUUUACCGCAGUUGUAGUGGAGCAGGUUCAGCAGCAUGAACAGGCCAACCCGUUCCUUGUUGCAUUCGUUACGAAUCGAGUGGCUGGCAUUCCGAAGAGCCUGAUCUUUGCAUGGGCAUCAGAAAGAAUGCCGGCGUAUAUGAUACCGCGGGCGAUUGUUUUCUGCUCGAGCUUCCCCCUGACAGCGAGCAACAAAGUGGAUCUGAAAUCACUUAAGAAAUCAUACUGGGAGGAGUAUGAAAAGGCGCAAAAGACGACCAAUGACGGGGUGGUGACACGAAAUUCAUCGCCAUGCAAGUUACGAGUAACGAUGGGGAAAACAGUUUCCAUGAGAGCCCUGCACCAAAACUCCCGGUUCAUGGACUUUGUCGCUUAUUUAGUCGAGUUUGCCGAAGGGAAUGUGGCAACACAUCAAUCUGACAAGUGGAAACGAGAUUCCUGUCUGGCAGAUGAGCUUACUGCCAUCCCAGGAAAAACUCCAGAAUGGCUCUCAGAGGGUGAAGGUCGUGCUUUUAUGACUGGGGCAACUGGAUUCGUCGGUGUCAAUUUCCUUGCUCGCCUUCUUCGCCAUCCAUCUGUGAAGCACGUUGCUUGCCUUGUACGGACCAGAAACAAUACAGCACCUCGUCUUCGUGUUGAGCAAGUUUUGAGGAAGUAUGACCUGUGGGAUACUACCGCUUCCAGUUUUGCCAAGCUUAUAGUACUUGAUGGUGACAUUACUCAAGACAGACUUGGCCUUGGCCCGGAUGAUUUCUCCUGGCUCUCGCAGUGGGCAAGCUGUGUGUUCCACCUGGGAGCGAAAGUAAAUUUCUGCGAGCCUUACGAAGCUCAUUUCGAAACGAACGUCUUGGGCACGAAGCACGCACUCCAAGUUGCCACCGCCGGCCGACGAAAGUCAUUCCACUUCACUUCCAGUAUUGACGCAUGGGGUCCAAAUGGUUUGAUCCUGGGCACCCGCAGAUGUCUCGAAGAUGAUACUCUCGAGCCAAACCUGAAAGGACUUCCAUACGACAUCGGAUACGCAGCCAGUAAAUGGGUAUCGGAAACGAUGGUGCGUCGUGCUCGCGAUCGAGGUGUUCCGACAGCGAUUUAUCGACCCGGAUUUGUCAUUGGAGACUCCAAAACGGGCGCUGGAAAUCCAGACGAUUUCUUUGCUCGUCUCAUGGUUGGAUCGAUUCAGAUCGGGGCGUUUCCUCACUUGCCUCGACAACGGAUGGAAUAUGUGACGACAGACUAUGUCUGCGAUGCCAUGCUACAUAUUGCUUCCAACAACCAAAACCUGGAUAACUCGUUUAGUCUUGUGGCUCCUGAUCCUUCUGAUUCGGUGAACUUGGAAAAGACAGCUGAGGUCAUCAAUAAUGCUGGGCAUCCUGUGCAGAGGAUCCCAUACUGGGACUGGGUGAAGAGGCUCCAUGACCCUAAGAAUAAAGAUAACCCUCUGAUGCCUUUGAUGCCUCUUUUGCAAGAGAAAGUCUGGGGUGAGCUGACGAGAUUUGAGACAAGUCGGGAUACGCCUCAUUAUGAUGCUACUAAGGCUGUAACCGCUCUUGCAGACGCUCCAAACAUCAGAUAUGUUCCCUUCAGUCCUGGUCAGCUGAAUCAGUUCUUGGCCUUCUGGAAAGCAAAGGGCUUUUAUGACGUUUGA